ACUUGUGACUGGUACCGGAGAUGCGACCGAGACUCGUCUCACACAGGCGAGCCAGGACGGCGACGGCGACGGUCAUUCACGAGAAUGGAGUCAAACCGGUGCCGCGUGGUAGACGGCGGCGAUUACUGUGUGUUCUGUAACAUUGCCAACGGGACAGACCCGAACGCGGAGAUCUUAUGCCAGGAUGAAGAGGUGGUGUGUUUUAAGGACAUCUCUCCCGCUGCCCCUCAUCACUACCUGGUGGUUCCUCGGCUGCACAUUGAGGACUGCAGUGAACUCAGACCAGAACACACAGCACUGGUGGUGAGGAUGGCCAACAUGGGGCUGGCAGCGCUGCAGGCCAAUAACGUCACAGACUUCAGCGACAUCAGGUUGGGGUUCCACAUCCCUCCUGCGAUCUCGGUUCCCCACCUGCACCUGCACGUUCUCGCUCCGCGCAGCCGCAUGUACGAAGACGCCAUCGAGAGAUGCCUCGUCACCGCCUCCUACUCCUUCAUCACAGUUGAGCAUCUGCUUCGGCAUCUGAAUCCCCACGAUGUUCUGUGGUCACCUGGCAACGCAGAACAGAGCGACACCUUCACCUGUCACCAGGAAGCGUCCUGACAGCAGACGCUGACCCUCGGCCUCAUCCCAUCCUGUGUGUGUGUGUGUGUGUGUGUGUGUGUGUGUUAAGAGUUCUCAACGGGCCUGAAAAUUACAACCCAACCCGACCCGACCCGGCCCGUGGCUUUCAAAGCCCGAGCCCGAUGUAACCCGACACAUAAAUAUGAAUUAUAUACCCGAACCCGGCCCGCGGCCCGACGCUGGCGGUCGAGUUUUCCCAUGUUAUCCAAUGGAGACGGACGGUCGGGGCACAAUUAUGUGCAGUGCCCUAACCCAUGUUAGAUAUUCACGAAGGUGUAUAGCCCAGCAACAAUCUACUGCCAUUUCAUUUCGUUCAAGGAGACGGCUUCUUAGAACUUGCACAGGAACUCACAACACAUGGCAGAGUUGCUGCAAGCUCUGUCCUUCCAUCUCCCAACAGUCGUCACGUCUGCCCCCGCUCCAUGAUUGCAUGCACGUUGCAUGCAGCAGCCAGACUUUCUUUACGGUAUAGAUAGAUAGAUACUUUAUUGAUCCCCAAGGGGAAAUUCAUGAUAAUUCGCGGUAAACAGCAGCGAUGAUUAAUAAAUGUUUUUUUUUUUGUGUGUGUGUGUGUGUGUGUGUGAGUGUGAGUGCGAGAGAGAGAGAGAGAGAACGAGAACGAGAACACAUGCUUGUGUGCAUAUGUGUCUGUUAACACAAAGUUUACAUUUGGUAUGACUUGCUGUAAGUUUAUGGAAAAGGUCUGUCUUAAAAGGUCUGUCUUAUAAUGCCUAAAAAUAUUUUUCGCAGUGAAGAAGAAAGUGCUCCGUCUCAACCUGCUUGUUUCAAUUGCUAGAUUGUAGUCACUGAACCUGUACUUGGUCAGGAUUUGCCUCUGCUUCAUAUCUCUGAGAGAUCCUCUGCCAAUACAUAUUCUCUUUUUAGGAUCAGAUAGGGAUUCAUUCGACAUUAUGUAAAAAUAAUUCAAAUGUAUUUUCUGAAUUUUGUGUCUGGAAUUUUAAAUAAAGAAAACAAAAAGA